AUGCCGAUUCCAACGCGCUCCCUUUCCCUACGUGAGACCCGUACCGGUAAGCCAUUGACCAUUGGGCGCUCUACUACCACCAAAGCCAACCCUCCCACAACCUCGACGGCAGCUGGCGGCAAAUCCUCUUAUCAUGCCACCGGAAAUGAGAAUAUUACAACACGAAACAAGAGCCUUCUGCCGGUCCGUGACGAUGCCCGCUCUGCGAAACCCUCUCGAAUUCAACAGCCGGCAGAGACUCGCCUGUCCCAGCGGCCGAACAAGACCGGGGGGAAGGGGUCUCAGCAGCAAGGUGAACCCUCGACACGCGAAGCGACCGGGGUAAAUCGUCGCCAGAGCCUCAUUCGACCCAGUCCGCUGAAGCCUAUUGGACCUGUGAAGCCAACCGCUACGAUAAGCACCCCUAAACAGGCCACUUUUGCACCAAGUCCUUUGUCCCCCUCCAAACAAGAACUAGCUCCCAGGCAGGAUGGACGGCCCUUAUCUCCCAAGAAAUCCGAUAUGCCUCCCCCGUCGCUCCGACCCAGUCGAUCUGCUUCCUUACGACAGCCAGUCAAGUCCAGCUCCAGCACACCAUCCAUCAGUCGCGGCCACGCGCGUCAUCGAAGUCAAGGGGUCACGCUCAAUGUGAGCCGAUUGAUAUCCAAAUUGGAGCCACCUUCACCGAGCACCACAACUCCGACACGCCCGAGAGCUCAGAUAUCGUUCCAACCGCAAUAUCUACUGUCAAAAAAGGCGGUCAAUCCGGCUACAAAGAAUCUGAGUGCUACCACGUCCGAGGAUGCGGAUGCUUCUUCAUCACCCUCAUCCUGGCCCGAGCUUGCAGCCUUGCAGACAGAGCUGUUACAACUAAGCCUUACGCACUCCUCAUCUCUUCAACUGAAGACUUCCUGGACGGCCGAUGUCGAAGCUCAACUCCGGAAGGACUACGAGUCCGUGGCCAGCAAAUACCGCGCCGCGCUCGCUGCAGAGCAAGAUUAUCAGACGAAACUCAAUGGACUCGCACUGCAUUGCUGGUUUCGAAACUCUUGUGAGCACAAUGGCCCACUCGGAUUUGCGGAGCAGAUUUGGAUACUUUCUCGGGUUGCAGAAGACGUGUACAUGGUGACGGAAUCUCUGGAAGGGCAGUACACGGUGGUCGUGCAGAAAUUUGAAGAGUGGUUUCAGCGGAUGGAAGAGAUUCGGCACCACCGGCUGCACCAUGAGCACGAAAUGUACGACGGCGUUUUUAUUGAUUCCUUAGACCGCACUUGGCAAGAAGAAGUGUCGGCUUUAUCUACGAAAUUGGACUAUUGCUCGCGGCAGCUACAAAGCCUGGAUCUUCUAGGGUACGGAGAGUUGGAGCGAUUCGACAGCUCUGCGCUGUUUCGCAUGGUUAAGAAUCUCGAGAAGACGGUGAACCUGAUGAUCGAGGAGCUGCACACAAUCCGUAAGAUUGAAGGCGACGUUGUAAGAGCGGAACGGGCAUGGGUUGGUCAACUUGCUCGGAGGCUGGUGAGCGCCAUGCCACUCCAAGAACAGCGACAGGGACUGUGGAAGAAACAGACCUUCAUGCAAUCAUGA